GUUAAAUCGCAAAGAGAGAUAACUCUAAUAGCUUCGAGAAAUUUCUAAAAACAUGGCACAGGCAAAGGAAAAGGCUGAGGAAUUGAAGAAAGAGGGCAACAAGGCGUUGGCAGAGAGUAAUUAUGAAGAGGCACUCAGACUCUACACAGAAGCUCUGACGUUGGAUAACAAUGCUGUUCUUUACAGCAAUCGUUCAGCAGCCUACUCCAAGGCAGGAAACCAUUUGAAAGCUUUGGAAGAUGCUGAAAAAGUGAUAGAGUUAAAACCAGAUUGGAUGAAGGGAUGGUCCAGGAAAGGAACUGCCCUCUGUUAUUUGAACAGAUAUGAAGAAGCGAAGAUAGCCUUUGAAGAGGGUUUAAAGAUAGAGCCUGAUAAUGAACAGAUGAAGUUGGGACUUAAGGAUGCAGAGUCAAAUCUAACAGGCCCAGGUGGAAGCCAGCCCAUUUCAAACCCGUUCAAAGAUCCACAGGCCAUUCAGAAACUGGAGUCUCAUCCCAAAACUGCAGCUUACAUGAAAGAUCCAAGGUUCCGAGCCCAGAUCUUGAUGAUGACUCAGAGUAAUUCAUUACAAAGCAUCAAUGAUCCCCGUAUGAUAAGCUGUCUGGGAGUUCUCAUGGGUAUGGACUUCAACAUGAUGGGCCCUGAAGACUUUCCCGAGGAAGACUCUGCCAACCCUCCAGCCUCAAAACCUCAGCCUUCAAAUAAUUCCUCAGAUUCUAAUCAGUCUAAGAAUUCUGAUAAAAAAAACAAUGAACAAUCUGCAGAACAGAAAAAGGCGCUGGCAGCAAAGGAGAAGGGCAAUGCAUCAUACAAGGCCAAAAACUUUGAGGAGGCACUACAGCACUAUGAGGAGGCUGUGACGCUAGACCCCACAGACAUGACCUUCCUCAAUAACAAAGCUGCUGUGUACUUUGAGCAGCAGGACUUUGACCAGUGUAUCGCCACAUGCGAGAAGGCCGUGGAUGUGGGCAGGGAAAAUCGGGCAGACUUCAAAGUCAUUGCCAAGGCCCUAGGUCGAUGUGGGAAGGCUUACCUGAAGAAGGGAGAUGAGGCAAACGCUUUAAAAUAUCUCAACAAAUCUCUGUCAGAACAUAGAGCUCCUGAAAUCGCAAAACAGGUCAUUGAGAUAGAGAAACAAAUGAAAGAAAAAGAGAGAUUAGCGUACCUGAAUCCAGAAAGGGCAAUGGAGGAAAAAGUUCUAGGCAAUGAAUUUUUCGGGAAAGGAAAUUACCCAGAAGCAUUGAAGCACUAUACGGAGGCAAUAAAAAGGAACCCAGAUGACGCUCGACUCUACAGCAACCGAGCAGCAUGCUAUACCAAACUUAUGGAGUUUAACUUGGCAUUGCGAGAUUGUGAUCAAUGUAUAAAGCUUGAUUCCACGUUUAUAAAAGGUUACCUACGGAAGGGAGCUAUCUACUCGGCAAUGAAGGAUACAUCUAAAGCAGCAAUGGCUUAUCAGAAAGCCCUGGAAGUGGAUCCAAACUGUGCUGAGGCCCAGCAGGGUUACCGGAGCUCUGUAGUACAGGAGAACAGUGACCCAGAGGCAGUAAGGAAACGUGCCAUGGAGAACCCAGAGAUACAGGAGAUACUGGGUGACCCCGCCAUGAGGCUCAUACUGGAACAGAUGCAGCGAGAUCCCAGCGCACUUAAAGACCAUUUGAAGAACCCCAACAUUGCGGCCAAGAUUGAGAAGUUGCUUGAAGCAGGGAUAAUUGCCAUACGCUGAUGUUCGCUGUUGCUUUAAUUCUACUUUAUACAUCCAAUUCUUCAUUCUAUUGCAAUUGUAUCAUGAUCAAUUAUCAUUUUGUAAGUGGAACAAUCACACUACUGAUCAAAACUUUCAUUUUACAUAGAAAAUUCAUUGCCAGUUAAAAACUGGCUGAGUGACCAUGAAUCAGUGUUGUAUGUUUGCUUGUUCUAUUUUAUGUAACCAUUUUCCUUUGUGAGAUGGGUUUUAUUGUAAACAUAAGUUUGUACUAUACAAAAAUAUUGAAAGGGUUAAUUCAAAAGAAUAAUUAAGGUUAAUUUAAGAGUUUUUUAAUCUGCAAAUGUGCUAUCUUUUUGUUAAUAUCAAAGUUAUUUGUGAUUGGUCAUAUUCUACUUGUUAUAUUAUGUUUUUUUGAUGAAUGGUUUGUAUUUAUGUUUGUGAUACACGAUCCUGUGUGUCAGAGUAAAAGAGUGACAUUUCUUAAAAAAAAAUCAUCAAACCUAAAAUACUAAGAUAUAAGGGAAAUUUGGAUGAGAGAAUUAGCUCUUGACUGUCCGAAUUGAUUUUGAGCAUUUAAUAAUGUAUCAACAGAAAUUAACUAGUGCUACUUUUUCAUUUGUUCGAUAUGUUAUAAUUUCUUUUGUAUUCCAAGUGUUCAAAUCAGGAAUAAAUCACACUGGGAACAAACACUCUCUGUUUGGUCCAAACCACA